AUGAGCUUCGACCAUUUAUUCGAAGAAAUCCUGGUAACCGAACAGAAGGCUCUGGAAAAGCGACAGUUCCUCCAGAGUGUGAAAUCAGAAAUUAUUAGAUGCAAUGAAAAGCUCAGGGAUGUCACAGAGUAUUUACAUAAAAACAAGAAUAUGUUGGAAUCAAAGGUAAAGGAUCUUUCGGAAGAACUUUUCCAUUUGGAUCUGCUGAAGAAGCGGGAAGAGGGUCUGAAGAAGCAAAGAGAGGAGAUGGCCAAAGAAAAUAAUAUCUACUUAGAAGCUCUCGAGGAGAAGAAAAGAAAAAAUACAGAGGAAAGGGACAGAUUUGUUAGAGAAAUUUCAGAAUUCAAUGCUACAUAUGACCUCUUGAGCAACAGAAUAAUUACAAUUGAAGUAAAUGCAAAGUCAGAAAUAUUUGACUUAGAAACAGAAGCUAAGUGUCUGAAGAAUGGUCUUGAAGAUGAGGUUACGACAGCGGUUUUUAACUCAAAGCUUUUGGAAGCAGAAAGAUUAAAAGUAUGUCAAAAACCUCAGACAGAUGAUGAGUUUUUACGGUUAAAGAAAGAAUUGGAAUUACACAAAGUUGAUGAUUUGGAGAGUGUUUAUGAGACCCUUCGGACAGAGAUACAGUUCUUGCAAUUGAAACUAUCACAGGACAACAACCAUCCACAGAAUAACAAGUUUCAAAUAUCAUAA